UACAAAGUUUAUAGUUUUUAUAUACUAAUUAAAGGAUUUUUCUAUUGAUUAUCAACAGUAUAUUAUAAUACUUAAAAAAUGGAAAUAUUAAAUGAUACUAAAAGCAACCUUAAUCAGUCUAUUCGGUUGUUGGGUCAGCAAAAUAUUCAUCAAACAUCGUUUCUGAAGUUAAAUAAUGAUAUCGCUUUCAGAGAAAUGAUGGAAAACAGCACAGCAACUGGAAUAAUUUUGAAAGCAAAUGAACCAUGGCGAGAAGCCAAGACUAAGCUCUACUAUGAUUUCUUACAGAGCAUGCAAGCACAUUUUUCUGAAGCGCAAGUAUUUGACACUAUUGCAGAUUUUAUACAGAAUUGUACUGACACAUUGGAUAUAAUAAGAGGUAUGCAGUCAAAAGUUGAAAAUACUGAAAUAGCAGAAGAGGAAACCUCUUUAGAAAGUGAAAGAAAUAUCUGGAGACUGAUAUAUUGUCUUUAUCAAAAUCGUAUAACCAGUGCCAGUAUGUCUACUCAAAUGGAACAUGAUGAACAUGCGAAUAGCAAUUAUAUUUCUGAGAAAGAUGUUAUAGAAAAUUUGUACAAGUCUGAAAGCUAUAUUAGGGAAUAUCAGUUGAUUAUUGACUGGUUAGAGAAAAAUGCUUUGGACCAAGCAGAUAAAUAUCCUUCCAUAGAGCUUUUCACUGAUAAGACACUAGCUUGGGAGAACACAGUCCAUCAGUUGCAUAAUCGAAAUUUAGGAAUUACAUUUCUUUCAUCUAGACCACUGGUAUCAUCUCUUGAUCCUGAUGCACCUAUACGAGAAGGUAAACCAUUGCAUGAUUUGGACAGAGAGGAUGACGCCAGACUUGAAAAGAGAAUGUUUAUAGAGGUACGCUGUGGACGCCUUCAAAAAGCUCAGGCAUUAGCUAUGCAUUGUGGUCAACCUUGGAGAGCUGCAUGUUUAUUAGGAUGGAUUCCCAAUCAUGAUCCAAAUUAUAAUAUUCCACUGAAAGACACUAAAUUGCCAAUUGAGGGGAAUCCUGAUAGGAGUCUUUGGAAAUUAUGUGCCUGGGAGAUGUCUCAAGAUAAACGCAUAGGUAUAUAUUAUCGCGCCAUAUACGCGAGUCUGUGUGGUAAUGUCCAACUACUGCUACAGAUAGCAUCAUCAUGGCAAGAUGCAUUAUGGGCAUACAUGAAGACUCUCCUAGACAUCAAAGUCGAAUCGGAAAUGAGGGCGACAAUGGCAAAAAUUUACACAAAUAUGCCAGAAGAAUAUUGGAAGAAUGAAAUUGCAUUAGAAGACGCGUUUAAAGAGCUACAUGCAUCAAAAAAUCCCGUGAUACGCGCACAAUCUGACAAACCUGAUCAUUUGAUACAGAAAUACAUAAUAUUGGAUCACACAUCCAAGUUAAUGGAAGAAAUCGAAAAUAUGAUAGACGUUGGCCUCUGCGACUCGCAGUUUCUUAGAUUCCUGGCACAUUUAGUAUUGUUCUUCAGACAAAUCGGAAGAAGUACGAAGGAUAAGAUCGAGGAUAAAGUAUUACAAGCAUAUGUACGUGUUCUCAUUGAGAUGGGCGAUCCGACUCUAAUCGCGUUCUACACUGCGACAUUACCGCAGGAAGGCCAAAUAACUAACUACGCCUCUUAUUUAGAGCGUGUCAAAGAGCAUGAAGAGCGUAAAAAGUGUCUAUGUGCCGCAGAAAACGCGAACUUAAAUGUGGAAGCGAUCACGAAGUUGGUGGUGGAGAAUAUACGUAAGAAGAACUUGGAAUGCGAUCCAACGGACCUGAAAGGAACCGUUACCGACGCAGACAUGGAGACGAUCAAUGCGCUAGACUGGCUAAUUUUCUACCAAAAUCAGCGAGAGGAAGCUCUGUGGCAAACGAACGCACUCAUUAGAUACUUCUUAACUGCUGAAAAAAUCGAUGCGGCACGAAAGGCUUUUAACAAGAUUCCAUCAGAUUCCGUCGAGUCCGUCGUGGCUGAAUAUCCGAGCAUGGAAUUCACGCUUGCGAAUGCUACGAUGACGAAUAACUCGGCACGAAAAGCGGCCUCUUCCAUAAGAGAAUACCUUUGUUAUAAAACGUACCUCGAUGCCCUAGAGGGCUUUGGUGAAUGGUUUUCACAUUACCAUCAUGGCAAACCCACGCCUUUGGAAGAAUUACCAGCAUACGCCACGUUUACAGAGAAAGUCGCGUACGAUCACAGGAAAACACAAUAUAACGUGGAGCUGGAAAGGUGGAAGUGUACGAUGCAACAUCACACAAAGGCUGUAAAGCAAUUAUUAUUUAACGUUUUAUUAUUCCCCGACGGUGGCUGGCUCGUCGACUCAAAGGGCAGCAACGAUGAACCGUGCACGCCCGAGGACGAGCUCAGAGACCAUCAGUUAGAAAAACUUCGUAAGCUUUGUAUACCUAAAGUCACACUCCUGUUGUAUUCCGUUAUGUGCGAGAUGAACGAGCAUGCCAAUUGCAUUCAACUGGCCGACAUACUCGCGUCCGAACAGCAUCAGCUAUACAAAGUAUUUCCCAAAGGCAGAUUGCGCGAGGUAUUUAAGAAUAUAUGCGAAUCUUCCCUCAUCUUGAUGGACCAAAAGAAAGAUCCUUGGGGAUAUCCGAAAUAAAAAAUUCGAACUUCUAAUGUAUUGCCAUGUAAAUUUGUGUAUACACUUUAAGAUACGAACAUUCGUAUGGUCA